AAAAUUCGCGCAGAGAUGUCACGGCCGUGCUUCACAUCGCGCUGGCCCGCCCGUUUCCUGGUCUCGUCUCGGAACUUUGUCUACUUCGCUACCUCUGAGCUGCGGCUCUCUGUGUCCACAGGACGGGACGGGCGGCUUGAGAAAAACCUUGAGCGAAACCAUCAGCGGAUUCCGUGCGAGAUACAUAAGCCGACAGCCACCGGUCGUUGCGUCCUGCUCACAAGUCACAACGCUCAUCUCUGCAACCACGGACCGAGCAGUCCCGGCUCCGGGCGGCUCAGCGAUAAGAGAGCAGGAGCGGCGGCGACAGCUGUGACCGCGUGCGAGCGUGCUGCGUGCUGCGUGCGCCGGCGAUCGAUGGGGUGGUGGGAGAGCAUGUUCGGCGACGGCGGGGACGGCGGCAACGUCGGCUGCUUCCGGAGGAUCGGCAGGAAGCAUGCCAGGAACUCGUACGCUUUCCCGGCGGAUCCUGGGAGCGAGAAACGGAGAGGACGAUCGGGCGGCCCCGUGGCGGAGGAGGUGAUCACGGUGGAGGUGCCGGAGGUGCCGCUGCGCGAGCUGAACGAGAUCACCGCGUCCUUCUCCGGCGAGAAGCUGAUCGGGCAGGGGUCCUACGCCAAGGUUUACCAGGCGACGCUGCGGAGCGGCAGGCUCGCCGUCGUGAAGCGGCUCGAGAAGCCCUCCAAGCACGCGUCCAACGUCGUCUUCCUCAGGCAGCUCGGGGUGGCGUCGAGGCUGAGCCACGACAACUUCGUCCGCCUGCUCGGCUACACCAUCAGCGGCGACCUCCGCGUGCUCGUCUACGAGUUCGCCACCAUGGGCACCCUCCACGACGUCCUUCACGGGGACAGGGAGGUGCUGGGGCUGCCGCCGCCGGAGCAGGGCAGCGUCGGCAGGCCGGUGCUGAGCUGGAUCCACCGCGUGCACAUCGCGCUGGACGCGGCGAGGGGCCUGGAGUACCUGCACGAGAUGGUGCAGCCGGCGGUGACGCACAAGGACGUGCGCUCCACCAACGUGCUGCUGUUCGAGGGCUUCAGGGCCAAGAUCGCCGACUACAACAUGUUCAGCCAGGCCGCGGACAUGGCCAGGCUCAACCGCUCCACGCACACGCUCGGCUCCUUCGGCUACCAGGCGCCCGAGUACGCCAUGACGGGACAGAUGACGGACAAGAGCGACGUGUACAGCUUCGGCAUCGUGCUCCUGGAGCUCCUGACGGGUAGGAAGCCGUUGGACCGGACGCUGCCGCAGGGCCAGCGAAGCCUGGUGAACUGGGCAACUCCGAUGCUGACGGAAGAUAGGGUUCAGGAAUGCAUCGAUCCAAAGCUUGGUGAUCAGUAUCCUCCUGCCGGAGCUCUCAAGCUCGGGCGAAUCGCGGUGCAGUGUCUGCAGUACGAUCCCGCCUUCCGGCCGUCGAUGGGCACCGUCGCCCGCGUGAUCAACUACGCCGUCUUGCGAGACCAGCAGGGCGUCGUCUGAUCUGAUGCAUGCCAAGUUUUGCCACUGUAGCUGUGAAUAUCAUGCAUGCCUUGCUGUGCUAUGUUAUGUAAGCUGGCCAUGUGCCCAUGUUUAAGCAGCGGUUAUUAUAUUAUAUCUGUAGGCAGUCUAUGGAUACUAUGCAAGCUUGGAAGCAGCACAGAACGCUUGCGGUUACGGCCAUGCAUGAAAUUGGGCUAGUUUGUAAUAACAAUAUUUUUUUUUCUGAGAAUAAUUUAUGAAGAGGUACAGAGAAAAAAAACAAAAA